UUAGAGAACAUAUCUCCUCCCUCUGUUCCCAAACCUUCCCUUCUCCCGGACUCCCUCCUCCUUGCUCUUGCUUCCCUGGCGGCGACGACUGGGCGUGCGCCGGCGCCAUUUGUGACAUCUUCGCCCAGCCCUUGGCCGGCGACGGGCAUCCACCAGGGCAGUUGCUGCUGAUUAUCUCUGGUGCUUCUGGAUUAGUGUGGUUGUUUGGUGGUGGGGACUACUUUCAUUGCGUAUUGGAGCUGAGGCGCUUCAAGCAGAAGACACCACUUCUUCAAGAUGCCAAGGGCCCCGGGCGAUGCAAAGCUUCUGAUCCAGUCCCUGAACAAGGCAUAUGCUGCCACACCAACAAAUCUUAAGAUUAUCGACCUGUAUGUGAUUUGUGCAGUCGCUACUGCCGUGAUUCAGAUUGCGUACAUGGGCUUAGCUGGGUCAUUCCCUUUCAACUCCUUCCUCUCAGGUGUCCUUUCAUGCAUAGGAACUGCAGUACUUGCUGUUUGCCUCCGCAUUCAAGUGAACAAAGACAACAAGGAAUUUAAGGAUCUUCCCCCGGAAAGGGCCUUUGCUGACUUUGUUCUGUGCAACCUGGUGCUCCACCUGGUGAUCAUGAACUUCCUUGGAUAAGAAACUACCGGACACUGAGUGGUUAGAUUUUGUAGCCCCAGAUUGUGGUCGCUGAUCAGUGCGUUUUAAUGUUUGGAACUGUCAUAAUGUCGAGUAUCCAUAUGAUCUCUCACAAUUACCUA